CUGCCCUAUGAGGUUACUCCUGAGCAAGCCAUGUCACAUGAGGAAGUACGUAACAGGCUGCAGGCUUCCAGUGUGGCUCUGCGGUCCACAACAGAUAAGGUGUUGAACUUAAUUGUGUCGUCGCUGGAUAACAUCCCUUAUGGCAUGAGAUACAUAGCAAAGGUUUUGAAGCAAAGCCUCCAUCAAAAGUUUCCAGAGGCCUCAGAGGAUGAGCUGCUGAAGAUUGUAGGGAACCUGCUGUACUACCGCUACAUGAACCCAGCCAUUGUGGCACCAGAUGGGUUUGAUAUCAUCGACAUGUCAGCAGGAGGCCAACUUCAUGUCGAGCAGCGACGCAACUUGGGAUCUGUUGCAAAGAUGCUGCAGCAUGCUGCUGCAAACAAGCAUUUUGAGGGCGAGAAUGCGCACAUGAUUUCAAUGAACAACUACAUAUCUCAGGCGUAUGAGAAGUUUAGGUUAUUUUUCCAGGCUGCAUGUGACGUUCCUGAACCCGAGGAGAAGUUUAACAUUGAUGAAUAUUCAGACAUGGUUACUCUGAGCAAACCUGUCAUCUACAUCUCAAUAGAAGAAAUCAUCAACACUCAUUCG